GACAACAGUUGCGAUUCACCCUCAGCGCCAAAACAAUUUCAACAAUUUAAACAAAAUGUUCAAAGUUCUGCUUGUACUCGUCGCCGUUGCCGCUGCGCAGGCUUUCGCUCAUCCUGGCGUCGUCGCUGUGGCUCCAGUGGUUGCACAUCCUGCCGUGGUCCACACCCCAGUCAUACAUCAUGGCGCACACUCGGUGCACUCUCAUGUGGUUCAUCAUCCGGCAGCCGUUAAGGUAGUAACACCUAUUAUUGCCAAGCCCGUGGUGGCUGUACAUCACGUGAGGCCAGUGGUGCCGCUAGUGCCAGUGCAUCAUGUAAAGCCAGUGGUGCCGCUAGUGCCAGUUCAUCAUGCUGCGCCCGCUGUUGUGGUGCAUCAUUAAAAGAAGACAGUAACCCUCCCCGCCCCCACCCUCGCCAUUCCGUUACCCAACCCCAACCCCAAUCCAUGUCCAUGCGUUUCCCACAAUAAAGGUUCAUAGCCAUGAAUAAG